AUGAAAGAGGUAAUCGCCGAAAAGAAACCAAUAGAAGAUGGGUCGGUAGCCUUGAAUGAAAAUUGUAGUGCAAUAUCUCCAGGUAGGAGAAUCCCAAGCAAGCAGAAGGAUCCCGAAGUGAUCACAGUCCCAUGCACUAUAAAAGACAGAACUUUCAAGAAGGUACUAAUCGAUUCUGGAGCCAGUGUGAGUCUGAUGCCAUUGUCAAUCUACCAAAGGCUUGGUAUUGGAAAUGUCAGGGAUACAAGGAUAAAUUUGAAGUUUGCACGCCACUCCAUAAAGAAUGCAUAUGGAGUAGCAGAAGACGUACUGGUGACAAUAGAAGAGUUGAGUUUUCCUAUUGAUUUUAUGAUCAUAGACAUACCUAAGGAUGAAGAACCGCCUAUUAUUCUUGGUAGACCAUUCAUGAGGACAAGUCGAUGCAAUUUCGACAUAGACCAGGGCACACUAACUUUAAAAGUCUAUGAUGAUGAAAUAACCUUGAAUGUUAGUGAAGACAGGAAGCUAAAGUCAUGUGAUGUGCAGUCUCUCAACACGGGGAGACAGAAGGAGAUACAUGCACUUAAAGAAGAAUCAAUACAGAGAAAGGUACUCAAGCACAGUACUCAAGCACAGUCGAAUGUAGAAACCAAGGAGAAGCGAACAGAAUCAAAAAGAGUUGAGAUAGAUGAUUAUCACGAUGCUUUCUUCACUCCAAAAGCUAAUUUAGUUUAUGACGCCUUUGGACCAUCGACUACUGAAAUGGAGACAAAGCUUUGUGUUCUAGAGGAGAGGAUAAAAGAUAUCUAA